GUCCGAUAAAAUACCUGGUUCCGCCUCUUUCGAAGGAAUAUUUCUCUGCAUAUUUUUCUUUCAGCAUUCGACCAUCUUCUACAUAAUGCUAUUAUGGCUGAUCCAAGAGGCACAAUAAUUGUGACAGGGGCAAACGGUGGUCUUGGGACUGCUAUUGUUUCGCAAAUUAUUUCGGCACCAGAUCUUAAUGCAUCGUACCACGGUAUAUAUAUUGCCCGUAAUGUUGCUACUGCGAAGUCACUAGACACUGCUAUUGUCAACCAAGUCUCUCGUAGCGCCACUCCGCAUUCCCACGAGAAGAUUUCGUUAGAUCUUUCGAACCUCAGCGAUGUUCGUACAGUUGCGGGAACGAUCAAUAGACGUGUUGCAGAGGGAAUGGUUCCUCGAAUUCACGCCAUAGUCCUCAACGCCGGCUAUGAGGAGUUUGAAAAACAAACAUGGACUGAAGAUGGGUUGGACACAUCUUUUGCAACAAACUACUUGGGCCAUUGGCUUCUUUCAAUGUUGUUGUUGCAGAGCAUAGAUGCUGAUAGAGGACGGGUGCUUUGGAUUUGUAGUUGGUCCCACAACCCACAUGAUCCUCGUAAUUCAUGGAAUGGGGCUUUCAAAGAGGCGAAGUACAAUAUUGUCUUGAAUUCAAAUAAUAUCGAUGCUAUUGCACGUGGCCAGUGGAGUUUAAGCAAGGAUGACAUGACUGGGUGGGCAGCUGGUUAUAGGCGAUAUGGUGCUUCCAAACUCUGCGGCGUCGUGGCCAUUUCCGAGCUUCAGCGUCGUCUCGACCAAGACUCUGCCCUUAAUAAUGUCUCAGUACUUGGAAUUGAUCCUGGAUUAGUGAACACUGGCAUAGUACGUCAAAGUGGGAGUUGGGUUUUGCGAGUUUUUCUGUGGCAGCUCCUGUUGCCAGCUUUGAGAGUGAUCUUGGGUUGUUUCAUCUCCAACGGGCCCCUUCGAUCGGCGAGGAAAUCAGCGUCCGAUAUCAUUGCUGCAGCGCUCAUGAGCAGUCCUCCGCCUCUGAGCGCAAGACCUAAGGCUCUAUACCUGAACGGUUCUGAGCUAGGUAUCCGAAACCCUGAAGCUUUGGACCCUGCAAAGGGAAGCAUGCUCUGGAGAGACACAAUACGCUAUACGCAAUUGGAAAGUCAAGAGACAUGCCUUGAACACUGGUGUUGAUAUCUCGUAAUCUCAGAGUACUCAGUUUACUAGUUAUAUAUAGGUAUGAAGGAAGGUUUAAGUUAUGAUGAAUCUGUGUAACAAAUUGAGGGUUCGUUUGUUUGUCGCGUAAUCUUCUCAUGCGGAGCAGCGAAGGUGGCUGGCUGGAG